AUGUCCUCUGCUGUCACAGAGACAGAGGAGUCGGCUCGCAGCUCCCCGCUGACACCGCUAAAGCUGGUCGGACUGGUGUGCGUCUUCCUGGCGCUCUGCCUGGAUGUGGGAGCCGUGAUGAGUCCGGCGUGGGUGACAGCUGAUGAUCAGUACUACCUGUCCCUGUGGGAGUCCUGCUGGAAGCCUGCAAGCACCGAGAACUGGCAGUGCAGCAGCACGCUGGGCUCAGACUGGCAGGUUGCUACGCUUGCCCUGUUGCUAGGGGGUGGAGCACUGGUGCUGAUGUCAUUCCUGGUCGCCCUGGUCGCUGUGUGCAUUGGCACGAGGCGGCGAUUCUACGCACCUGUUGCCUUCAUGCUCUUCGCCGCAGUUGUCCUCCAGGCCUGCAGCUUGGUCCUCUACCCCAUCAAGUUCAUCGAGAGCAUCAACCUGAGGAUCUACCACGAGUUCAACUGGGGCUACGGCCUGGCCUGGGGGGGCACCAUUUUCUCUUUCGGUGGUGGAAUCCUCUACUGCCUCAACCCCAAGAACUAUGAGGAGUACUACUAG